UCGAUUUCGCAUAUUCCUUAAAAUCCUUGUUAAGCUCUCGGCGAAAGCAAUACCCGCAAAAAUCCCUCUUCUCGAUCAUGGAGUCCUCGACGCAACCCGACGCCCACGACCCGACGGCGGAAAAUGAUGCGGAAUCGACGGUUCUAGACCUGACGGGCUGUCAGCUACGCGAUCUCAGCUCCGUGGAGCUUCCGUCGACUCUCACCGAGCUAGACCUAACGACGAACAGGAUGACGGCGUUGGACCCUCGCAUUUCGCAGCUAUCCAAUCUCCAGAAGCUCUCUUUCCGUCAGAAUCUUCUCAACGAUGACAGCGUCCGGCCGUUGUCCUCGUGGGACACCAUCUCCGGUCUCCAAGAAUUAGUAUUCAGGGAUAAUCAGCUGAAGACAAUUCCAGAUGUUAGCAUAUUCAAAAAACUUCUGGUCUUUGAUGUUUCAUUUAAUGAGAUUUCUUCUCUUAAUGGGCUGUCCAAAGUCUCCAGCACUCUAAGGGAACUUUAUGUGUCUAAAAAUGAAGUGCCUAAGAUGGAGCAGAUUGAACACUUCCAUGAGCUUCAAAUUCUGGAGCUGGGAUCCAACAAAUUACGGGUGAUGGAAAAUCUAGAAAAUUUGGUAUCUUUGCAAGAGCUAUGGCUUGGGCGCAAUCGCAUCCGAGUUAUUAAUCUUUGUGGGCUAAAAUGCAUCAAGAAACUUAGCCUCCAAAGCAACCGUAUAACUUCUAUAACAGGACUUGAGGGAUGUGUUGCACUAGAAGAAUUAUACUUGAGCUACAACGGUAUUGCGAAAAUGGAAGGAUUGUCAAGUCUGAUAAACCUGAGGGUCUUGGACAUUGCCUCAAAUAAGCUCACACAAGUAAAUGACAUAGAGAACUUGACCAAGUUAGAAGAUCUCUGGCUUAAUGACAAUCAAAUAACCUCCCUGGAUAACAUCGCCGAAGCUGUUGCUGGUUCCAGAGAGUCACUCAGCACUAUUUACCUCGAGCGUAAUCCGUGUGUGGAUUCUUCUACAGCCUAUUUCUCCACUUUGAAACAAAUAUUCCCAAACAUUCAGCAAAUUGACUCCCAAAUAUAUGCAUAGGGGAGAUUUUGUUGGAGAAGAAAUAUGAAAUUACAUCCAGACGUUGGUGAAUUAUGUAAGAGGAUUAACUUGAGAGCUAAUUUUAUGCUUGAUGAGAGCAUGGGAAUUUUAUUUGAGUUUUAUUAAUGUUGUCAUUGCGACUGUGGUACACUUGUCGGGCCGUCUAAUAGCCCAAUAUUGGUAUAUUCCCUUGUCGUCCCAUUUAUUUAGAAAAUAUUAUUUCAAAUUUGGGCCGGCC